UCCGACAGGCCCCGUGUGCUGACUCAGCCCCGCCCCCGCAAUCAAAGUUCACGAUUCGCAGAACUUUGCGAGUGAGGUGGAGCGAGGACUCCAGGGGCCGCGCAGGUGACAGAUUAUACCUCUUUGCUUGUGAAACAUACAUAAUGGCAACUCCCAUGAUGGGCCAAGUGUGUGUGGUGACUGGUGCUUCCAGGGGUAUUGGUCGCGGCAUUGCCUUGCAGCUCUGCCAAGCAGGUGCCACAGUCUACAUCACUGGCCGACAUCUGGACACGCUGCAGGCUGCUGCUGAGGAUGCACAGUCCCGAGGGGGCCGGUGUGUGCCUGUGGUGUGUGAUUCAAGCCAGGAGAGUGAAGUGCGAAGCCUGUUUGAGCAGGUGGAUCGAGAACAGCACGGGCGUUUGGAUGUGCUGGUCAACAACGCCUAUGCUGGGGUCCAGAUAAUCAUGGACAACCACAAGAAGGCAUUCUGGGAAAGCCCCGCCUCCAUUUGGGAUGAUAUCAACAACGUCGGACUCAGAGGCCACUACUUGUGCUCAGUGUAUGGGGCACGGCUGAUGGUACCAGCUGGCCGGGGACUCAUCGUGAUAAUCUCCUCCAUUGGGGGGCUGCAGUAUCUCUUCAAUGUCCCCUACGGUGUGGGCAAAGCUGCGUGUGACAGGCUGGCUGCAGACUGUGCCCAGGAGCUGCGGCGCCAUGGGGUCAGCUAUGUGUCUCUGUGGCCAGGGUUGGUGCAGACAGAACUGCUGAAGGACCAUUUGGAGAAGAAGGACAAUGCUGAGGAUCCCCUGUUUAAGCAGCUCAAAGAUCAUUUCUCAUCCGGGGAGACUACAGAAAUGAGUGGCAAAUGUGUGGUGGCUUUGGCAACAGAUCCCAAUAUCCUGAGCCUGAGUGGGAAGGUGCUGCCAUCUUGUGACCUUGCUCGGCGCUACGGCCUUCGGGAUGCAGAUGGCCGCCCCAUCGAGGACUACUUGUCUUUGAGUUCGGUUCUCUCCCACGUCUCCAGCCUGGGCUGGCUGGCCUCCUACUUACCUGGCUUCCUCCGUAUGCCCAAGUGGAUUAUGACCCUCUACACAAGCAAGUUCUAACCCUCCUGGCCUGAUGUCACCACUCUGCUUGUCUUUUUAUUUGGACUGGGUGGCCGGGACCAUCUCAGUGAACAAGGCAGGCAGCCUUCCCACCGAUCACAUGCCUCAAUACAAAGAAGGCCUCCGCUGUGCAUCCUUGGCGAGCCCUGGGGUCUUGCAGGUCCUCCUCGGUGCCUUGGUGCUCCUUGUCCCUAAAUUUUACUUUUUGCUUAAGUAUUGAAAAAUGUGCUAGGUACUAGUAAAGAUCUCAUUUCUCCUUCA